AUGAAUCCAUUAAAUUCUCCGAUAGGCUAUAGUAAAUCACCAAUACAAUAUUAUUCAAAUGAUAUAAAUACUAGUGAUAAAUUAAAUUCACAGGGAGUUUUUUCGCCACCAACAAAAAGUCUUGAUUCUUUACCGAUUGAAGUCAUAGAUCGAAUAUUCCAAAAUACAUCACAAUUAGAUUUACUUAAUAUCAUUAAACUAAAUAAAUUUUUUUAUAUCAAUUACAGAUUUAAAUUAUUUACCAAUGUGAUAAUUGAUUCAAAUUAUAAUUUUUUCAACAGUGAACAAGAGUCAACAAGUACAAUCAUAAAUAAUGCUUAUAAUUUUGAAAAAUUUAUUCAUGUAGUCAAUAAUGUUACAGAAGUUCCCAAAAUUGAAUCAUUAACUUGUAUAAGUCUACCAGAUUCAUUAAAUUUUUUUGAUCAUGAGUUAAAUCAUCAAUUAAUUGAAUUUUUCAAAAGAUUACAUACACUAAAUAGUUUAAUUUGGUUAAAUGAUAAUUUUAAAUUGGAAUUUUUACAUUACCUACCUAAUAAACACUUGGUGAAAACUUUGGUGUUAAAUAUAAAGUUUAAUAACUACCUAAAUGAAUUAAAUGAAGAUGAUGAAUUAACUAGCUCGUUCAAUUUUCCAAACCUUGAAAUCUUCCUGAUUAAACCAUUUACAAAUAGUGCAAAAUUGUUUAAAAUUAUUAAUAAUUUACUUAUAAGUGAUAAUAAUGCUGAAGUAGUGAGUAAUAACCUAAAAUCUUUAUCUUUAUCCAAUCCUGCUCAUCUGAAUGAAUUUUCACUACAACAAGGAAAUAUAAUAUUAACAGUAUUCAAAGCAAGUAAAUUAAAAUAUUUAAAUAAUCUUCAAAUAUUAUCUUUAAAUGAUUUUGUGGUAUCAUCUGAAAUUGGCCGAAUAUUGAAAAAAUCAGUGAAUUUAUCAAAUUUAACAUCAUUACAAAUUAGAGGUUUAUUUGAAUGGAGUGAAGAUCAUGAUAGUUUUUUAUCCAUAAUUCGUGAUGAUUUAAGAAAUUUAAAACAUUUAUCAUUAGAUAUUUCUCCUGCUUAUGAUGCAACUUAUGAAUUUUUGUAUGAUUUGAAAGCAAAUUUACUUACAUUAGAUUUGGUAAUUACAAUGGAACGAUCCACACCUCAAUUUGAAUUAGUUUAUAAACCUGAUGACUUUACAUGGGUAAUUAAAAAAUUUAAAUCACUUGAAAAAUUAUCAAUUGAACUUUAUAAUGGUGUGGAUGUUCCUAAACAACAAUUGGUAGAUAAUGCACCUUCAUCAUUUUAUAAACCAUUAAAAGCAUUAAAUUUAAAAAGUUUAAGAAUAAAUAGUAGUUCAAAUUAUCAAGCAGUAUCAUCAUUAAUUGAAACACAACCACAUUUAGAAUUUUUAGAUUUAUUUGGUAAUAAUGCAAGUGGGGCUCCAAAUUUAGGAUUAGGUAUGAUUCAUCCAAAUGUAUUAGAUGAAUGGUAUAAAGUUCAACAUGUAAUAAUAUAUUAUUCACAAUUUAAUAAAAAUAUUAAAUAUUUAAGAAUUAACGGAUAUUUAUUUGAGGUAAAUUAUUUGAAUGGGAAUGAGUCAAUUAAUCCAAAAGAUGAUAGUUUAAAAAGAUGGUUUAAUGAUAAAGUAAUGAUGAGAAUAGAAUAG